ACCAUCUCCCCGUUUUCAUCAAGACAUCAUCCUGUUCUCCACGGCUUGAUUUGAUACUCUUUCUCACUGUCGGUCUUCUUGGUUUUUUGACGGCUUAACUUAUCGGAUUUUCUUUCAGAUUAUCAGCCACGUCAAAUACUUCCUGAAUCCGAUCAUCCUUCAAUGGCAGAAAAACAGAAACUUGAAUCACUUCCUCCGUGGAUGACACGUCACUUGCCUAAUUUACCAUCCACGUGUGAUCCUGACGCGGCGGAGCCGAUGCGGGAAAAUGGUCAGAUUUUGAUUCGAGGUUUAUCGUCCAAGAAACCCGGAAAGAAGAACAUAACUUGUCUGCAAACCGGGUACCAGGAGCUACGGCUGGCUGAACUAUACGAGGACGGUUACGAUAAACAGGUCGUGGAUUUAAAUAUUGCUGCUUCAAACAAAUUUAACGUGCCCCAGCUUGAAGAAGAAGAGAUGAUUCCUCAGCAAACCAUGAACAACGAUAUGCAAGUACCUCAAUCUUUCUACAAGCAAUCAAAGGAGAGAGUGAAAGCAAGAGUUGAUGAGAAAAAUGAAAGGGUGAACUUUUCAAUCUUCUCAAGAUCUCCAGCUCUUCAAAAAUCUAACCAGAUUCCGAUAAGAAUCAAUUCUUUUGAAAAACAAGGAAAAAAAUCCAUGGAAAAAAAGUGGGUUCCCGAUGAACAAUCCGAAGCCGCUCCGAGUGAAGUCUCAAAGAGAAAGAGAAAACCAGAAGCUCACAGCCUAUCUGAAAGGAGACGAAGAGAUAAAAUCAACAAGAAGAUGCGAGCAUUGCAAGAGCUCAUACCCAACUGUAAUAAGAUGGAUAAAGCAUCGGUUCUUGAUAAGGCAAUCGAGUACUUGAAAACUCUUCAGCUUCAAGUUCAGAUGAUGUCAAUGGGAAGUAGUGGUGUUUAUAUGCCUCCGAUGAUGUUACCGUCUCCGUCGAUACAACAUAUAAAUGCACGGCCUUUGGGUGGUUGUUAUUCUCCCAUGGCUGUCUCAAUGCAAAUGGCACAGUUUCCAUCGACAUCUUCGCUAAUUCCGGCGAUCAACCAAGCUAGACUCAACAUGCUUGGCCUCUCCGGCCAGGUUCUAUUACCGUCCAUGCCGCCAUUGCGAUUACCCUUCGUAUCGUUGACUGCUGCGAGAUUUCCCCAACUACCGGUCCAGACCCCCACCGUAUCCCCAGCCUCCUCCGCCGCUGUUACUUUUUCUAAAUCGAUGGAAUGGAAUCGGACACAUUAACUCAAAAAACAUCUACUGAAGACGAGAGUUAGCAAAACAAUUGUUAAAAGUUGGAAGCAGUGCUGCAGGUCUCCUCACUCGCAUCAGGAGUCUAUAAUUCAAUCAAUUUUGAGCUUGCGGAUGGGAUGGGAGAGCUUUGAAAACUGAGAAUCAGGGGGCUUCUUCGUGUACGGGCUUGCUUACACACUGUUUGAAAAUGGAGUAUUUACAGUCAUCAUUGAGAAGAUCAGCAUUUCAGCAAGAUUAGUUUAAGAAAAAGAGGUGAAGAUAUCAGAUUAAGUGUUUCAGUUUCCAAAAGAAACUAGUGGUUCAUUUGCAGCAGCUUCCUU